AUGUCCUUCAGCGAAAAGAAACACUGGCAGAAGCCCGAUAUUCCGCAGCACCCGCGUGCCCACGAUGCUUUCGACCUCAACGAACAAAAUGUCUUCUUGCUUGACCAGCAGGACUUUUCACCACUACACAACCCAGGCCAGCCAGUUAACAACAUGAUGUUCGCUAGGCCCUCUAACGCGGCUUAUAUUGCGGCCGACAAUGUUCCUCAAGCAAAUCCUCUUUAUAGUAACAGCUCGUGGAGCGACGAUAUGUCUUUACAUCCCAUGCCGGGUGCCAUUAACAUGGGGUCCAUCAGUUCAGUGUCUUCGCCUCUGGUUGGCCCACCUGUUGUCCAGUCCUCGCCUGAAAACAUCCCAAAGCGACGUGUACGCGGGAAACCGUUUCUAAGCGAACAGGAAGCACGUUUGAUGGAGACUGACGAUCUGCAACUUACUGAAAUCGAGUUGGGAAUCAAGAAAAAAGCGCAGAAUCGCUUAGCCCAGAGGGCUUUCCGCGAGCGUAAGGAGACUAAGCUCAAAGAGCUUGAAACAAAACUCCUUGAGAGCGAAGAGGAACGCGAUAAACUCCGCGAGCAGCUUGAGGCAAUUCGACUGCGGCAUGCAGUGUUAAGCACAGAAAACAGCGUCUUGCGUAGUGGGGCAGAGGCUUUAUGCCCACCUCAAGAGGGGAACACAGUCCACAAGUUCACAUUUCCAAAAACACAAGAACAGUUUAUUCAGGAUAUGAUGCAGGGAAACAACACACACCAGGUCAAGGCUGAAACAGUCAACAGUGUUUAUGAGGAACCUCGCAACCUGGGUCGCAAGCUAUUAGCAAUAGGCGCUGUGUGGGACUAUCUUCAGAUCAAGCAGGAAGAGGAAGCGUACGAGAAUGUCGAUAUGAUGGAGGUAACCAUGCUUUUGCGUGGAAAAGAAAAAUGUCACGGUUACGGACCAGCUUAUCCUUUAGAAGAGGUAGAAGAUGCCCUCCGCAAAGUCGCUGCGCGUGAACAUCACCAGUCGUACUUUUGA